GUCAUACAAAACCCAAUUGUCUCUGUAUUUCUUACCGUGAAAACCAAGCCAAGUUUGAUUCUCAGGGAAGUACUUAUGCUUGAUUCUUUGUCACACGGCAAUGAAUUUACCACUUGCAUUGGCGAACAACCGAACCCUUGGAACCACCACCUUCCACCAUUACCGAUGGAAAGCUAUCCAGUUCAACAAGGGAGACGCACUUUGCCAACUGCUGAGAGAAUACAACGGAAAAGUACCGAAACCACUUGGCAAGAGGGUCACCUCUGGUAGCGGAUUGGUGGACCUGGUUCGCGAUAACAAUGGAGGCGCUGAUCACAGCUCUAUACCUGAGUGGGAAAUCGACAACACUGAGCUGGACUUUCAUAAUAGCCGAAUCAUUGGCAGGGGAGCUUUUGGAGUAGUACAGAUUGCCGUGUGGAGGGGUACGAAAGUUGCUGUUAAGAAAAUCUUGCGGUCGCUGGAACAGGAUCAGCACACCAUAAGGGAUUUCCAGGAAGAGGUUUCCUUGCUCCCUCUUCUGAGACACCCAAACAUUGUGCAGUUCAUGGGCGCAGUCACCUUGAACCCACCCCUCAUGUUGGUUACUGAAUAUCUUCCUAAAGGUGAUCUUUUCGAGAUGCUGUCCCAGGAGAAACACCUCAAUGUGCCUCAAAUACUACGUUACACUCUUGACAUUGCUCGGGGAAUGAACUAUCUUCACAGCCACAAACCGGAAGCGAUUGUGCAUCGAGACUUGAAACCAAGGAACCUUCUCUUGGGGGAUGGGGGGCAUUUGAAGGUGGCUGAUUUUGGUCUUAGCAAGCUUAUUCACCAAGGAGUGGAGAAGUACCAAAUGACUGGAGAGACAGGAAGCUUCAUUUUCAACUUUGCCAGAAGUGGUGCAGAUGCCAGCAGCAAAAAGGAAAUGGAUUACAGUGACAAAUUCGACAAUCAACAAGGAAGACAAAUUAAAAGCUACACACGAAUUGCUGACCCUGGGUCGAACAGCUGUGAUGGUGAUCUUCAAUUCUGAAGAUCACGCACGGAUUGCCUCUGAAAUGAAAUCCAGGAACUGUA